AUGAUGACCUCUGGGACGAGCAACUAUUCCACGCCUGCUCCGACAGCGAUCGGAAACUUUACAACGCCUGCUCCGACAGCGAUCGGAAACUUUACUACGCCUGCUCCGACAGCGAUCGGAAACUUCACAACGCCUGCUCCGACAGCGAUCGGAAACUUUACUACGCCUGCUCCCACAUUAGCAGGAAAUUUUUCAACGCCCUCGCCAACCUUGGUAGGCAAUUUUUCAGCAGGAAACUCAACAACAGGAAACUUUACGUCAGGAAACGUCUCGAUGGCGGGAGACGAAGCAAUGGGUGUAGUAACCGUCAGUAUUGCCGGCUCGGCGACGCUUGUUCAGACACCUGCUCCUGCGGGACAGGCACCGGAAUCGGAAUCGGACCCCACCAAAACGCUGAAUAUCACGGGUUGUCUCUUUUCGGAGAACACUAUCGAUGGGGGGGAUGAAGGAGAUGGGGAAGAUGGAGAACUGUUCGGGGGCACCGUAGUGGCAAAAUGGGGAGUGGUGACUAUCGACGAUACCAUGUUCUACAACAAUAAAGGUACAACCUGGACAAUUGUCUGUUCAUCUUCAACGUCGCCGGCAAUGACGGGGGUGGAGUUCUGUACCUCCUCAGUAUGGAGGAGUCGAGUGAUCUCACCGGCAUUGUCACUUUCACCAGAUGAAGGCGCUUUCGUCAUCCAGAACGGGUUCGAGUCCUGUUCGUCAGUUACAUUUCUCACUACCCUGGAAUCCGGCCCUGAGCUGUCCGGCGCACGUUUCUCGGAUACGGGUGCGUCCAUGCUUGUCACCUUCGCUCAAGACACUGACUACGGGGCAGUGGCCGACCUCGGGGGUUCUUUUGACUGCCCUCUGCUCCUGGAUUAUCCUGGGGGGAGCGAUGCGGACGUUUGCUCUUGGACGUCAGCUGCGAGUAUCCAGGUGACCUUGCACUACAACGCCAGCGUGGUACCCUCUGACGUCAUUUCCACGCUGGCGAACAAGGUUGCCUUGUCGACUUCACCUGAAUCCCUUAAUGCCGAGUCGUCCGUCACAAUAUCGCCUCCGGAGAACCCCCCUCAGCCACAGCUCGUUCCGGAAGUGUGGUACACGGCGUUGGCGCAUUGCAAGGACCUAGUGUUGGACGUGAGCGCCAGCACUGGAGGCGGCGGACGGGUAAUGGAAUCUUAUCAGUGGGAAUUGUAUGACUGGACGGUGGAACAAGAGUCGGAUGCACCGUCUGCGGAGUUCGACUACGCUGAAGAAGCCUCGGCGGCAGGAGGUUCGAGCAAGCUUACCAUCCCCGGCGCUGGUCGCGAGUCAGAGAAUGAGCUGACGUGGUAUUUCAACAUCACGGCCACCAACUGGCUAGGAGGCACUGGGUGGACGUCGAUUGAGGUUUUGGUGUCUGCUGCGGCCGAAGAUCCACCCCUCCUUUCACUUGCGGGGGGGGCUACCAGAACAGUGCUACGCGCCGCCAGUCUGGCCAUCGUCGCUAACGCGGAGGUGGAAAAUUGCGUAACCAACAAGACGAGUGAGCUAACGUACGAGUGGAGCGAGCUGAGGACCGGCGGAACGUUCACUUCAACCUCUGCGGAUCCGAGUAUGUUCAAGCUUCCGUCACAUUCAUUGGAGAUCGGGGUGGAGUAUGAAUUUCGCGCCGACGUGACGGACAGCGUGGGCUACUCGUCGUUUGCUACCCAGGUGGUCACUGUGGAAAGCUCAUCGCUCAUCGCAGCCGUCGCCGGAGGGAAUAGUACCGUCAGUGCGGGCAUUGACCUUGUCCUGGACAUGACUGCAACCAUCGAUCCAGACGAGGAGGACGGGGUUUGCCAAGACUGCUUCUACAACGUCUCGUGCACUGGGACUCUGUCCGGCUCAGCAUGCGGUCUCACCCUACCGGAUGGGGAGACCAGCAAUGGUGCACUCACAUUCCUGGCCGAAGAGCUUGUAUCCGGGGAAACAUACACGAUCCAGAUUUCCAGCAGACGGUCAACUGAAACGACAUGGUCCACGACAUCAACGUUCUUCACGGUUGGGACAGAGGAGCCCAUGCCAAUCUUGUCGAUCACCCCGCUUUCAGUAGAAAAGGUGAACGCGGACACCGUGGUCGCCAUCGAAGCGGAAAUUACUUUGUCGGAGGACUCCAGUGCCAUCGCGGAGUGGACGUUGACGGACGGUGUUCUCAACGGCUACGACGAACUCAGGCUCGCAGCUUCUUCCAGCCUCGAGUACACGGGCUAUGGUUCGAACUCCACGCUGAUUGCCCUCGUGUAUGCGCUGGACGCGCUCGGUGCUGCUUCUCGGGCCACGUUUGGCGUAACCGUGUCGGCCUACGAAGGCGGCGUUGAGGAGCUGAGCACCUUGGUAGAGGCCGUCGCCACGGAGGCCUUGGCUGCGGGUGAUACCGACACCGUCAUGCAGGUUCUUGACGUGGCCAGCUCAAGCCUCAACGCCGCCAACUGUACAGUCGCCCCAGACUGCGCAGCUUUGAACCGCGACGAUUGCGGUACAGACGGUCUUCGUGAGGACAACACCUGCGGGGAGUGCGUCUCGGGAUUUACUGGCGUCGUGGGGCCGCACAACUCUCUGUGUGUGGACACAACAGCGCUCGAUGCUACGUGCUCAGAUGGCGAAAAGAACGGCGAUGAGACGGACGUAGACUGCGGCGGUUCGUCCUGCUCCCCCUGCCCCUCGGGCUCGACGUGCUUGGUCGACACCGACUGCUCCUACAACAACUGCCCCGCACCAGCAUCCACGACCUCCGAUCCGAUCUGCGUUUCUCCGGCCAAGGCCUGCCCCAACGACUGCGGCGGGACAAUCCGCGGUACCUGCGAGUACGUGUCCUCCACGUCGGGAGCCGUGCUGACCGCUGCAGACUGCCUCGCAGAUACCCCGACUUCCACCUGUCGCGCAUCUUGCAACUGUUUCGACGGCUACGGAGGAGACGGUUGUCAGUACUCUGACUCUGAGUUGGACGCCGCGGUUGAGACCCGGGAGCAGUCGCUGCUGUAUAUACAGGAAUCGGCGGAGAGCUUGGAUAUCAGUCGGGAUACCAUCUCCAGACAAGCGGUGCUGCUUUCCAAGCUGUCAGUGGUACCCCAAGAAAUGAAGGCGUCGUCGGUGACGCUAGUGCUAGAUCUGGCGACAGAGACGACACACAUGGCUGACGAAAGCGGGCAAGGUGUGGCGAGCACGGCCGCCUUUGCGGUGGUUGAAAUCAUUGGGCAGGUUACGCUGGCAUCGUCUUUCCUCGAGGAGGAAAGCAAUAUGGAAGGGCUAUCGGACGUAGUGGGGAGCCUGAUUUCAGCUCAAGUGGCAGGGAAAGUGGUCGGCGAGGUGGCUGAUGAGGUUCCGAGCGACUAUUUCAGGCUAUCGACUGGCAUUUACGAUGCCGCCACCGUCGGGGAGAUUCAGAUAUCGCCACCGUUGACAGCUGACGACGAGAGCGUCGGUAGGUCGGUUUCAUCCAUCGGCCUGCCUAGUGACGUCGGGGACGCGUUUUCGGACGUAUCGAGCAUGUCCUUAGCAGUGGCCGAGUGGAUCAUCGACCCCAGACAGACCGGCAACUCCACCUCGAGCGGCGACAGCAGCAACGAAGUGGUGUCUAGCGUCGUCCGGUUUUACGCCGAUCCUAUCGAAUCGUCCUCGUCCCUGUCACGACGGAAACUGAAAGGGUUGAACGGGUUCGGUGGCACGUCAAUGCUGGCAGAAGAAGAGCGAUGGCGGGGCCGCCCUAGACGAAGGUCACUACUGGAGGAUAUUGGAUCUCUCGAGACACGGGAGGUAGAGUGUUCCAACAACGGAACCGAGCCGGAGUGUGCUUCUUGGCAAGGAUCGGAAGAGUCUUCGUCUGCCGAAAACUGCCAGGUGUCAUCUUUCAAUGAUUCGUGGACAAUCUGCCUUUGCAGCUACGCCGCGACCGUAGGAGUUGUGGGUGACGGAACCGGAAGCAACCAGGUUGACUUCGCGUCUACCUUCCUCGACACGGCGGGGGAGUUCAUCUCGAUCUGGGACGAGGCGACGACUCUCACUUGGACGGAAGUGCAAUCAGCGGCACCGAUUUUCGCCACCAUGGGAGGGAUUCUCGCUCUGGCGGUAAUCAGUGCGGGGUUCGGAUGGCGACUUGAUCAGAAGGAUCGGGGACGCCCGGCAGGCUGCGGAGCUUGGCUCGCAUCGCUGGCGUGCUGGUCGAAGGCACCUCCGUCUACCACUGAUAAUCAGGGCAAGACGGUCAACGAGAGACGGGCAUCUACUCUUCACGUACCGAAACGGGGGAUGACGCGCGACGAAUGUCUCAAGAGUUUGGCAGCUGCGGUGCAAGGGGACAACAAGGAUGACGUCGACGCCACGGCCCCCCACCACCUAGGGGAGAGACGCGUCAGAAAAAGCUUAAAGUUGCUCAUCAUGGUCCACCACGACUUCGUGUCGGUGUUCUACUGCUACUACGAAUGGUUCACAAGGCCUCAAAGGGUUGCUCUGCUGCUCUGCUCAGUCGUUACGCUUAUGGCCACUGAGGCUACUGUUUUCGCCUCAAUCAUGUUUAAGGACGAUGGAACCUGCGGGGCGUUCGAGAACCUAGCAGAUUGCGCGGCGUCGAGCACGGCGAACGUCAACGUCGGAGGUGUGGGUUCGUCUUGCGCGUGGGACGAGGGCUCCAGGACCUGCUACCUUCCCGAGCCGGAAGAGGACAUGGAGACCUCCCUCGUCAUUUCGACAAUCUCGCUGAUACUGGCGCUGCCGCUGGAGCUGUUUCUCGUGGCCGUGUUUGCGGCUUUCCUCGUCAGACCGACCAAGACGAAAGGCGGUCGGGCUGGAACUGGGGACAUGGAGGCCGAAAGGGGAGGGAAAGCACCAAACGGGAAAAGUGGAGGGAGUGCCAUCGCCUCCAGCAAGACCGUCGAUCAUGUCGAGAAAGAUGCGACUGGUGAUUUUAAGGCAAGGCUCACCAUCGAGGUCGACCUAGCGAGAGCUGCGGAACAUCGGCGGGAGGGCAAGGUGACACGUUUUUGGAGGAGUCUCUGCUGCGGGUGCGGAUUUUGCGGGGACGGGGCAAAACGCGAAGCUCGCCUGGAAAAAAAGGUCAAAAGGUCUCUGGGACCCGCGAUUAGCCUGGAGAAAAGAAUCGCCCAGACGGGCGACGUGGAUUCGAAGGAAGCACUCUUGUUCGAGCAAGCGGAGGCGGACUCUCUUACCUACCUUGAGAGGCAGGUAUUCUUCAACAGCCGCAUCCUUACCUACGGCGAUGAAGACUCUCUGUCCGGCGUGCCGUUGUGCAUCAAGUGUCUCGCCUGGCUGUUCAUCGUCGUGUAUGCGGUGGGGCUAUCCUUCUACGUGUGCCUUUUUGCCGUUAAGGCCGGGCGCGCAACCUCCGUUCAGUGGAUGAUUUCCUUCUGGGUUGCUUUUUUCGAGGAUAUCUUCCUCCUGGUUCCUCUCAAGCUCGCAUUUGUCUACCUAUUCUUGCCAAGCUUGAUGCGCCAUCGCAUGCGUUCGGACAUGUUCAAGAGGAUCCCGAGGCACGCCACUAGCGUACAGGUUGCACGACGCCACCCGAACAUGGAGGUGUCGGGUAUGAUCCUUCAGGGGCGUAUUCCCCAUGGCAACGAAUUCGAGAAGUUCAUCCCGCUCUUCACCGCACGAUCGCGCUGGUACACGUGCAUGACGGGUCUGGUGUUCACAGUUCUGGCAAUCAUCAUGCUCCUGCCGGAUACUCUCCAGGCAAUGAUAAAGAAGGAGAAAAAACUGCGAAAAGCGCGCGUCACCCAAGGGGCAUACUCUACCGGUAACGGGAUGUUCAGCGGAGUCAACGUAUUGGCCCGAGGCAGGACCGCAGGGGGUCGGACGCCAAACUUCAACACACCCUCUCCAGGCUUGAACAUUGUCGCCGGGGACGCCGGCUUCGAAUCAGACCAGCAAAGUCCCACCAUGAACACAGUGUCUCUCGCGCGAUGGGUCAGCGCUGUCAAGCCAGGUUCUGUCCAACCCCCUCAAGUCGAUCAGCAGACAGAAUCGCCGCCACGCCCUCCCCGCGCCCGCCACGGUAGGACAAACUCGGUGGCGUCCAUCGGGAUGAUUUCGGAAGCCGGAUCGCGAUGGGACAACCACGGUCGCCUUGACUCCUGCGCGGCGUCCGCUUGGGGCGAAGUUCACGUUAGCGACGUGGAGUCCUCCGUAAAUGAGGACGGUGGCAACGGUGACGACGAAUCUUCCGCGGGGACGGGGCCCCGGUUCCACGGCCGCGACCAUUCCGGGCGUAGUUGGAACUUGGAGCAAAAUGAAUGGGACGGCCUAGGGAACACGUUGAGCUUGGAGAAUAGCGUCGACCUAGGCACCACAGCUUCGUCCACUUUCUUCGAUGAUCUUGGGGAGCCUUCCCACCGCGCCAAUGUCCACUCCAGAAGCCGCCGCGGAAACUCCUACGAAGACAACGAAGAAAGCAAAUCGCCUGAACGAUCUCCAGGAUCCAUCGCCGAAACCAGGGCGGCGGGGCGAACUUCUUCAUCAUCGCGGUACGACCACUCGAGGCGGCGGGUCAAGGCGGCGGCGCGUGGCGACCGGGAUGGGGAUGGUUCUCCCAGGCGGAACGCGGGAAGUGAUUUUUGGGAACAACCAAGCUCCCGAGCCCAAUCCGGCUCGACCUCGGGGCCCUUGUGUGCCCAGGAUGAAGAAAUAACCAGGGCUGGCUGUUCUCGAAAGCGAUUUUUCAGGUCGUAA